AUGCCUGCUCAGCGACCACGUGCAGCUUUUGAGCCCAUCCCGCCUAAUUUGGAUGUUGCGGCGCUUGUUGACUCGACCCCAAAUUUUGAAUAUGUGGUUAGAAUCGAUUGUAACGCCAUUGAUGAACAUGGGCUGGGAAAUUUCGAGAAACUUGUUCGCUUGCACGUCAUCUUGGGCGGAAAGCCUCUGGUUGUGGAGGGGUUCCAUGAAAGACUUGACCACUCUGUGUUCUCCGAAACAUGGCUAAGGAUGCAUCAUUCCGACAAGACGGAGACUGCCCGAAACCUGAGCACGAAGUCCAAUCUUGAACUUUCAAUCGGUCAUUACCUGAAAAAUAUGCCGCUCUUAGCAAAUCGGUGGACGUCUUUAAACUACAAAGAUCCUAGUGGACAGCGAAUCUACCUUAAGGAUAUUGAUUGUCCGCAAGUUUGGCACGAUCAUCUUAGAAGCCUGAUACCCCCACCGCUUUUUUAUUUGAAUAAGCAUCCAGAAGCAUUCCAAGGGCCAGGGGCAGAGUUCGCUGCAACUUCCAACGAUUCCCAGUAUCAUCCAGAUUCAAAAAAGAAGACUGGGAAACCAGGAGAUCUUAUGAGCUGCCUUCCACCCAGCAUGCGCGCUGAGAAUCUGAUGUGCUACAUUGGUCACGAGGGCACCUACACCCCUGCGCACCAAGAAAUGUGUGCUAGUCUCGGUCAGAAUAUCAUGGUUGAGGCAUCGAGUGGUUCAGUGGAAUAUGGCAUGAAGACUAAGCCAGGAUCAUCUAUCUGGUUUAUGACAGAGAGCAAAGACCGCGGGGUUGUUUCUGAAUACUGGCAGUCCACACUAGGCCAUGACAUCGACAUCGAAGAUCACUUUGCGCAGAUAAAUGCCUGGAGAGCAGCACCGUUCAAGACAUACAUUGUUGAACAGAAACCCGGCGACUUCAUCCUGAUUCCUCCUCUAGCAGCCCAUCAGGUGUGGAAUCGAGGAACAAGGACGAUGAAAGUAGCCUGGAAUCGUACCACUGUGGAGACUUUGGGCUCAGCUCUGAAUGAAUCUUUACCCCAUGCUAGAAUGGUAUGCCGGGAUGAGCAGUACAAAAAUAAAGCAAUUGUUUAUUACGCACUCGAGCAUUACUCGCAACUCCUUCAAAGUGUCGUUACGGAGGAUAAGACCAAUACUCUGCGGCAAAUAUUGGAAGAUUUUGACCAACUCUUCGCGCUCUACACUCAGAUCCUGCUGUCUGAGAGUUUCUACCAAGGCGAAAAAAGAUACAAUGACGUUGAAUACAUACCAUUUGACAGUAAUAUCACUUGCUCAUAUUGCAGGUGCAAUAUAUUCAACCGAUUCCUGACUUGUCCGUGGUGUGUGGGUGCAGAUGGCGAGGACACUUAUGACAUCUGCAUGGAGUGUUAUGUCAUGGGCAGAAGCUGUGCUUGCAUAUCCAGAUUAAGAUGGGCCGAGCAAUUUCGUUGGAGCGAGCUGACGGAGAAACAUGAGGAAUGGAGAAUUCAAAUUUGCCAGUCAAAAGAUGGUCAAAGCAGGACAAUGUUCGGAUCCCUCACAGAAGAGCGGUCGAGAUACGGGAAGAAGACACUCGCCGAAAUUUGCCAAGAACAAUUGACGAGGCGUCCAUGGAUAGAUAUCACAAAACCAGUCAUACGAAAAACCGAAGACAAGCUGAGCGAUACAGAGAGCGUGAGCCCAGCGCGGAAGCGAAGGAAGACCCGCUUGACUCACGAGGCUGAAGACGGUGGUCGCUGCCAUAUUUGCAAAUAUAUUGAGCCAACCUGGAAACUCGCCUCUUGUUCAUACUGCAAUCAGAAUUACUGUUACGGCAGUCUGUUCAGGGCCUUCAAUAUCCAACCACGGGACACUAUGGAAGUGUAUUAUUGGAAGUGUCCAAAAUGCCAGAAGAUUUGCAGUUGUGCAGCAUGCCGCCGAGAUCCCGCAAUGAAUCCCUUUGAGCCGAAGAGCCUGCUUCUUGGUCACGAUACAAGGAAGAUAGCAGAUCCUCGCAGCGUAGAAAGCUUGGUGGACUUCCGCCAAUCCAAUCUCCGAUGGCUGAAGAAGGCCGGCGAUGAUGAGAUUGGCAGACUGAAGAAGCACCAGAAAGAUGCGGAUGAUAGACGCCACCAGGCUAUGAUCGAACACUGUAUUCAAUUGGAGGAAUCUCCCGAGUCAACCGACCCCUCCACAGAUUAUGGGGACAUACCAGUGGACCCAGCAUUGGAGAAGCUAAGUGGAUCAGUGCUAACAACCCCGGGCUCAAUUAGUUGGUGA